AGUUUGCAAACCGUUAACUAAAGACGACUAUUCAUCAGUUUGUCGUUUUGAGAGCCACGGAGGAGGUUGGGGUUUUUCUAGUCAUUCGAUAGAAUGCUUUUGUAUCGCAAAUUAUGGACGAAAGUCACGAAACAUUCCUCUCGUGUUACCAUUCCUUCUAUCCGAACGGUUCGCUCAGAUGGCGAGCGCUUUGCGAUCUUUUGCUUAACGACGACAAUAGGUUAUCGCAAAAGUUUUGUUCCUAUUUAUUGUCUGCAAUGUUAGCCGCUUUGUGUCGACCGUGUGUUCGCUUAACCCAAACGUUUCCCAUUAUGAAUGGUUUGGAUGUCUAUAAUCUUCAGAGUCCUUCUGAACUUCAGAGUCCUAUUUCUGAUUUAGGCAUAAGUUAUGAGAAUUCUGUAUUAAACGAAAAAAUUCAGGAAAAGACUGACGAAGAAGGGUGUCAUUCGGGAACUGAGUGUUCAUUUCGUGAUAUUUUCAAUAAUUUGCUUAAAAUAAUCGGUCAACCGAUUAGGUAUAGUCUACAACAAGAGAGCAAUACAUUGGACAUGGAUUUAGAAUCAGAAAUAGAGUCCGACAACAGUUAUACACAAUUAGUCGAGAAUUCGUGUAAUCUUAUCAUAACAAUUAUGUCUGAAUUGGUGGCUCAGGUGACUGGAAUCGGGUUUGACUCACACGUGAUGAGUGGCCAACAAUUACAUUUAACUCCGUCCAGAUUUUCGCGUAUUUCACAGAACAGGACGUGGAAUACAGGCAAUGGAUCUCCCGAUGCUAUUUGUUUUUCAGUAGACAGAGCAGGCAUUUCUAUUGCUGGUAUUACAGUUUAUGGAGGUAUUGGUAAUGAAUGGCACUAUGAACUGGAAUUACUUGAUUAUAAUGGAGUUGCCGUUCACGACGAUAAGUCAUUAUCACGCGAUGGACAGUCACACUCAUGGCGUACCAUAGAGUUAGUGAAAGGCACCUAUAGUUUUGAAGAUAAAUCCAGUGAUGUCUGUGAAAUGAAAUUCGACAGAUCAGUAUUGAUUGCACCAAAUGUUAAGUAUGCCAUACGUCUCAAAAAUCACGGCCCGCGCACUAACAACGGUGACGCCGGACUCACACAUAUCAGAGGAGCCGACGGAACAACCUUUACGUUCAGUGACUGUUCGCUAAGUUUUAACGGAACUAAUCAUACGAGAGGACAAAUACCACAGAUUCUAUACUAUAGUACCCCUCAGUCUAGUAAAAGUGAUUCAAAACAUUUUGUUAUUAAUAAAGAAAUUCCCCGCAAAAAUGCCAUCGCUAUCACCGAAAGUGUUAUCUCAUUAACUGUAGAUCUGUUACUUCAGGCCCAGGAGUGUCCAUCCGUUGAUCUCAUUUGGAAGAUCUCUUCAUCGCUUUUGAUUAAAAAGUUGUUGCCAUCACUUCUCAACUAUUUAUCUCCAGUUGUUUCAACUGACACCAAGAGUGCAAUACAAAUAUUAUCAACAAUCAGACAAUUAGUGCCAUUAGUUGUGUUUCUAAACAAAUCUAACGACUUCUGUGCAAUCAAUCAAUCAUCUCCUUUACCGCCAUCGAGUCCACCGAUAACAACAUCCAGACAUUAUGUGACUGUAGAGAGUGAUCAUCCGUAUAAAUCAGCGACUGUUUGCAAUUAUUUGGUUAAGUUUGCGCCGACAGUAAAGUGGAUGUGCAUAGAAUUUGACAGCCGAUGCGCGACCGCUCAACCGGAAGAUAUACUUCAGAUGUAUAUUCCUGAAUAUCGACUGACAAAGUGUUGGGAGUCAUCAAAAACUACAAAAUAUUACGAUAACAACAAAAGCUUAUGGCCUGUGCUUAAAAAGUUUUCAGGAAAGUCUAGUAAUUGGCCGACAAAUUCAGUGGUAAUUCCAGGCAAUGAAAUGAUAUUUUCAUUGGAAACGGCAUCCGAUUACGUGAAAGAAGAUAAAAGUCUUUACUAUGGAUUUAGAGCUCAAGUGAUUGGUUACGAAAAUCCGUUAACUGAAGGCUUAUAUUUAGGUCUACAGUAUUUGGAACAGGAGUUGACUUAUUUGUCCGGUAUUUGUAUUAAAACACUUUUGAAGAAAAAUCUCAUUUUCCCACAAAAUCCGAUUGAAUCGGAAGUCAAAUACGAAUCAAUUCUACAGACAUUUGAAGCGCAUUCAAGUUUGUUAAGCAAAGGUUUAGCACUUUCACGAACUAUGACCGCCACUGAAGCUAUCGAUGAUGUCAUACCUGUCGCUAAUGAACAUCCGUUUCUCAAAGAUUUUAUUUGUUUAACUCCCGGUACGUCCGGCGCCAGACUCGCUAAAUGGUUUCAAAGCGAAUCGUUUGUUGAUCCAAAUCAAUGUGAAGUGCACUGUAGUUGUGGUACAGAUCAGGAACUGCAAUGCGGUUGGCCUACUGUUAUCACUGUCAUCACUCGUGACCAAUACGGACAUAUAAUAUUAUGACUGGAAUCAGGAAAAGGCUGUCUCGUCAACGGCCUAUUCACGUGAAUAACUCAGUAAUAAGUAGUGUUUUAUAACAUUUUUUGUCAUUUAUUUCGUCAAAUCUAAUAAAUUUAGUUCAUUUGCUGUCUUUUACAGACAAUUAUUCGUCUAUUUUGAUCAUCAAAUCAUUCAGAAUUUCUAUUAACAAAUCGAUUCAAGUGUUUUAAAUCAACCAUUGCUUAAGUUUUGUUUUUUUUUUAUAGUCAAAGCCAUCGUCCAAACCAUUAAUUAUUAUUAUUAUUAUAAAUUAUGAAU